AUGGCGACCGGGCAGAGCAAAGGCACCGACGACGAGUCUACCAUCAAAGUUGCGCCCAAGAAGGAAACAAAAGACAAACCCCAAACCACAAUCAAACUGAAGAAACCUGCGCCGAAGCAUAACAAGCCUGGCAACUGGCGCGAUGGGAGCGUGAUUGAUGACGAUAAGAAGAAAGGCACCGAAACCCCCUCUACAAAUUCCGUUCCUGCGUCACCGGGCCCGGUUGUGAAUCAAUUGGAUGAUACCGCCAGGGAGACAUUUGCGACCGGGAGACCCCUCGAAGAUUCUCCCGAGUUGCACCAAUGCAAGCAUUGCAAGAAGAGCGUCUUGAAGACAGCGGCGAAGGCACAUGUAGUAGCUUGCUUGAAAGCGAAAAAGGAGAAGGCACAGAGGAAAAAAGAGCAGAAAGAGGCAAGGGAGAGAGAAAAGAAGGAGAUGGAAGGCGAGGCUAAGAAAGACGAAGACGGCGAUACGAGAAUAGACGACGACGACGACGUUGAAGACGAUGCGUCGCCGGAGAAGAAGGUUCCUGGAGGAUUGAAGAGCGCGAAGAAGAGUGCGGGAAAGAAGGUCGAGAUCGAUGAUCCGACGAAGAAGGGCAAGAAGCGUAAGGCUGAUGGAGAUGCGGAGAAAGGGCCCAAGCAGAAGAAGAAGAAAGAGGAGCCCAAACCCAAGGCUCCUAAACCGAAAGGUCCUGUCGACGUCGAAAGGCAAUGUGGUGUGCUGAUCAAAGAGGGGGUUCGCUGUGCUCGAUCUCUCACUUGCAAGAGCCACUCGAUGGGAGCAAAGCGUGCAGUUGGGGGUCGCUCACUACCAUACGACAUGCUUCUUGCUGCAUACCAAAAGAAGAACCAAGCCAAGCAACAAAAAGCAGCAAUAGAUGCGAAUGCCCCACUCGAAGAGGAAGAAGCAGGCAAUGGACCUGUCGACUCUGAUGAAGAACUUACAACAGUCAUGCACGGUCUCAGCAACUGGAACCCGCAACCCGUCGUCCCACCUCUGAUACAAGUGCCCAUCGAUCGCGAAUAUCAGAAAAAACGCCUCUACGAGCAGCUUCACAAUGCCACCAAUGGCUUCACAGUCAAUAUCUGCAAGGUUGUUGGUUACGGAGCGCAGAAACUACCCCCAGGUCAUCCUGCCUAUAAUGAGGGCAAGGGCGAUGCUGACGGUGAGGUGGAUUCGAGCCCAGCGGGUGCAUUAGGCCAGGGGAUGCAGGCUGUUGCUUCAAGGAGGGCGAGUUCAUUCACGAUGCAGCAGCCGCCGAGUAGAAGAGCGAGCACCGCUAGUCAAAGAUAG